UGUCAGUGUUUAUUUGGCAUAACAAUAAAAAAGAUCUUCGCAUCAAUUUUGUCAGACGAUAGCGAGAAUUAGCCAGCAAAUCCAAUGCCUCUUGAAACGUGUGGAUUCUGUUAUCACAAACAGCUCAUUAUCAGCAUUUGCAAACAUACUGUUUAACCCGCGUAUUGUGGAAGAGGAGGAACAGAGAGAGACGAUAGUGUAUAAUAAUUAGUGCGCUCUCCGAUUGCCGUUCGGGGUGCUGUUAAUCAAAUGGUCGUCGAAAGAUAAAGCAUCUACUGGAAAAGGAGAGUGAAGUAUAGAGGAAAGGGCGGUGCCAAAUCGUUACGAUGUCUGAAAACAUCAAACAUGAGCUUGAUAUGAAAAUGGAGCCAUCCAGUCCAUCGGAAAAGGAUCGCAGCCUUUAUUCGCGCUGUUCCAGUGCGGGAAGUGUCCACACUCCGACAUCAUCUGCCCAUAAUACAGAUGACCUUGAAUUUUCUCUAACAGAGGAUGAAGAGGACUCCGGUGAUAACAAAAGUAGCAGUACGCUCAGCUACAAAGAGCGCCGCCGGGAAGCACACACUCAGGCCGAGCAGAAACGACGGGAUGCUAUCAAGAAAGGAUACGACUCCUUACAAGAGUUGGUUCCAACCUGCCAGCAGACGGAUGCUUCGGGUUACAAACUGAGCAAAGCCUCGGUUCUGCAGAAAUCCAUUGACUACAUAGGCUACCUUCAUCAGCACAAAAAGAAACAGGAGGAUGAACGAACUUCACUGCAGAAGGAAGUGAUGGCACUGCGGAUCAUUCAGAAGAACUACGAACAUAUGCUGCAGAACCAACAGCAGUCACCCGGCAGGACAGAGGCCCGACUAAGUGACGAUGUCAAAUUUCAGGUAUUUAAAGCCAUCAUGGACGAGAUGUUUGUUACGUUUGAUCAGCUGCCCAUGAACGACUUUCCCGAGCUAACCUCCGGUGUCAUUCCCUGGCUAGAGGAACACUGCAAGCCACAUCUGCUACGAGAUGUUGUCAAUCGAACGCUGGGUCAUAUUACGGCCAGUUACGUCCGCGCACAGCAAGCCGGCAGUACGAGUGGUAGCGUUAAGAUGGAAUGACUCAAUUCGAGAUGUUGGACGAAGAAUAGUUGAUAGAUGUCAAAGAGGUAUAUUAUAAAAGGUUAAUCUUUUAAA